UCCUUAAAUAAUUUUGCAAUGCACAGGGCAAGUGUGAAGUAUUCAAUAUCACUAGGUUAGACACGACAGGUGCAAUCUGGGUUUGUCUGUACAAAGGGAGUAAAAUAGAUUGUAGUUAUAUUGUAGAUACCUGUAGAACUGUUUGAUAUUGACAUGAGCGAUCACCCCGUAGAAGUGGGCGUAUCUGAUGCAUACUACAUUGACGUUAGGAAAGGCGGCGUAAAAAGAAGGACAAUAAACGAAUAUAACCGUUUGGACAUUGACUUUAAACUUGUUCGGACAGGGACAGUGGUUAUUUUGGACCCGUUAAAGACUUGUAAUAUUGCCAAGUAUUGUACAACUUGUUUAACCAAGGACGAUUCAUUUGAUUGUAAAUGGUGCCCUAUGGUUGGGAGAUGUUCCGAUGGCUUUGAUUGGCUAAGACAAGAAUGGCAGAAGCGAGAAUGUGACAGAAAGGCAUUUGAUGAUUCAGCCAAGUGCAAUUCUUCAAAACAAUGUUUAUUACACAAGACAUAUCUAUUAGCUGCACAAUUCUUUUAUCUAUUUUUCCACGGAGGAAGGAUUUUUUAGUGCGCUGAGCUACAUUUAUGCAUGCAGUAUUUAUUAUAAUUAAUUAAUAAUUAUAUAAUUAUUUUGAUAUAAUUUAUUAUAAUCCAAUAUAUGUUCAAAUUCCCUGUUCUCUGACUGCU